GGCAUUUCGUCGCAUUUUGAGUCUGUCGUACAUCCGUCGUAUAUACCAUCGUGGCAAAACCUCUUCCCUAAGCCCUGGGUAGCUCUAAACCCUCGGAAACUAAGGUCGCAUUCGCAUAUUAUCCGGACUCAUUGAAUCUGCGAUUGGAAAUCUGAACACUGAUAAAUUUCUCAUGCCCUGCUCUACGGCUCUUGUCAUACACUCACUCACCAACUCUAAACAACAAGUAGUAUCCCCAAUCCUCAUCUCAUCUCAUCGCAAAAGAAUUACUCUACACCCGCAGCCCCCCCCCCCCCCCCCCUUCAUUUCAACCUUGUUCCUCAAUCCAAACCCUCAUCUCUUCUCAUCUUUUCCUCAUCUAGUCCAAUCCCCUGAUCCUAACACGAUGAUAUAUAACCAAGAAAUGAAUACUAGCUAUUCCCAAACAAGGGAAAAGAAGAAGAAAACUCUCUCACCGUCUCCAUCCCCUCCUCCCUCGCUCAGACAAACAAUCAAACAUACAGACACUAAUAAUAAUUCAGCGGUACAUAGAGUACAUGAAUGGUAUGGUUUGGUAUCGUUCGUUCAUUCCGGCGUCAAGUUAAAACACAGGUGUUCAAUAAGAAGUGGCGAAUCGAAACGAAGGAAAAUGUAUCCAAGUAUCCAAGUAAUGAUUGGAAUGGAUGGAAACCCCAACACCUUGUCAGAUCCAGGACAGCUGGUGGGGACAAAAGUAAAAGGUUAAUGCGCUGUGUGACAAUAAGUCCGAAAGUUGCGCUGCGUUAUGUUGCGAAUCGAAAAUG